CAAAAAACGUUUACCGCCCACAAAUUUAGUAAACUCGAUCUAAAGUCCAUUUCUAUUUCCGUAUACAGCAGAUUAUACAUAUAGAAAAACUAUUAUCAUCCUCCAUUUAACUAAAAUUAAUUAUCAAAGGUAACCUGAGACAGAAAAUAUGACCUUAAAGUGAUAUCCCUCUUAAAGGUGCCUUUGAGUUCAUGUCCCUUUAGACCUCUUUUUGUAAUAUUUUUAAUUGGUUAUUUUGGGUAUCAUAAAUCUUCAAUGUUCAUAUUUUAGUUUUCGGUACUUAUAGAGUACUUAGAGACCUAAAAGUUAAAACUUUGUAUUCUGACCAAACUGAUUAGCGACUCGAUAAAAACGAUUACAAAACAAUCAGUCGCCACUAUACUUAGGACUUGUAGGUACUUUGGUUCACUCUACAGCUGACGGAUGUAUUAAAAAGUAAAAACAAACAGUUCACACUGACGUAUGCUUAACCUUUAUCAAUUAAGUCGGGGCCUUCGGGCUGCGCCGGCGCAUCCCUCGCCGCGAGACUCCGCUGUCACUCUCAGUCGCCAGUCAGACGCCGCGCGAGACGCACGCUCGCCACACGCCAGCCAGCAAUCACAAAUACGCGAGUGUUCUGUUACUUAAUUGAACUCACUUUAUUUACAUAACCAGUGCUGUUUUGUGAAGUGAUAAAAAGAAGUUUUUUAAACAAUCUGGAUUGUGUGAAUGUCGCGUGGCGGUGACCCGGGCUCACCAUGGCCGGCGCCCGGCAGCUGCGCCUGCUGCUCUGGAAGGACUACCUCAUACGGAAGAGAAAACUGAUAACGCUGGUGGGAGUACUAUGGGCGACGGCGGUUAUGUUAAGUUUAUACGUAGUUAGGAUUAAUGUAGACAAUCAAGACUUUCCGACAUGUGGAUUCCCUGCGCGAGCGUUGCCCAGCGCUGGAAUGCUGCCCUUCCUGCAGUCGUUUAUGUGCACAGUCAACAACGAGUGCUCACCGUUAGACCAGUUCGAUGAAAUACCCACUUAUGAAAACUCCAAACUAACUCAGCUGCAGCGCAAGCUAUCCCCCAUAAUGAACGAGACGGUCCUGGACGUGGCCUCCUCGGUGCCGGACGCCAUCAAGCUGCUGGCGACGCUGGCCGACGUCGUCGACGAACCCUCCUUCAUUGAUAUUAGCAAAAAUGGUCUAAAAGUACGAGACCUCUUUGCUUCGCCGAACAAAGUAAAGCGCUACGUGUCAGACAAGUUGGAGCUGAGUGAGGAGGUGGCUGACAGCGUGAUGGAUGCCGAGCUCAGUUUCCAAGGUUUAUUAAAAGGCAACCUGAACAGGUGCAGCGUGGCGUCAUUAAAUGAAACUAUAAUGAUGACAAACAACGAACAUCUGAAUGUUUUUAUGGAGAGACUGUGUUUGAAGUCUAUGGAGGAGCUCCAGAAGAUAUUUGUGGACGUAUUGUUUGAAGUGAACUAUAGUAAAUAUGUGACCAUGCUAGGUGACAUGUACUACAAGCUGACAGGAGACAAGAGGUUGAACACGUUAGGAGACAUGUUGACGGCUGUGCUGCGCAUGAUGAGGCUGCAGCACUUCCUACCACCGGAGCUGGUCUCCAUCUUCCAGGGGGAAACCAUCGACUUCAGUUACAUACAGCUAAAUCUAAUACCAAAGUUAAUGGAUUUAUUUAAACCAACAUUCGGCGACACACAGGCUUACGGAAUUAUACGAGACUUUACAGACGCUAUUGUGGUUGGCCUCCAAUAUUUGGACAAAGUAUUUUCAAAACAACGUUCAAAAGAAAUGACUACGGUUGGAUCAAAUGUUGGUAACAAACAUGCUGCAACUGGUUUGCAAGCUGUGUCCAAUUUAUUUCAUAAUGCGGCUGAUGUGUUUGAAGAGGCUAUGGAGAAGGAUUCAACCAUAGACACAUUUAGUAUACUAUCACAAAUAAUGAACUUCAUAAACAAAUUCCUAUCAGCAAGGACAAAACACGACGUAGUAUUUUACUCGACCCUACUAGCUAAGUUGAUGGAAAGCGCUCAUAGAGUAAUAGACAUCAACAUGAACAUCGAGCAGUUGACCUAUAACGUUACCCUGAGGCACCCCGCCGCUGUGGACGUGUUGAAAGGGAUUCCACCGAACAUUGUCGGCAAGGCUUUCGAGGCUCUGGCUGAUGCUGAACGAACACAGAUCCUGACUUCAAAGAUUAACCUCCCCGGCCAGAUGUUCUGCGACGUGUACAAACUGCAGACUUUCUUCGUGAUAUCCAAACCUGACGCGGAGGCGUUGAAGAAGCAGCUGUGCAGCGACGCCUGGAAGAACUAUGUCUCGGAUCUUAUUAGAUCCUUUGGAGUGUUUGAAGUUAAAAAUAAUAUAAACCACAUGGCAUCACUCCUCAUCCAAGAAACCCUUGGCAAGGACACGAGCGACCAAUUAUACACCAUCGAGCAAGACUUCAAGGUGCUGAAGAACUUCAGCCAGGCGCUGGUGAGGAUUGAGACGGAGACCAGGCCGGCCGUGAACUGGAGCCAGCUGUUCCAUGUCACUGAAGACUCGGAGCUGAUCAAAGUGGUGCGGACGAAGGGGCACUUGGGGAAACAAAUACUAAUAGUAGUCCACGGAGCUAUAGCAAAGGAGAUCGUUCAGCAGAACCCGAUCCUAGACUUCAAGAUCUCCCCAUAUUUAGAAGACGUCAUCAUCCUGGUGUCAGGGAUGAACAGACAGCUGGAUAUAACGCCGAAGGGUCAGGCUGCGGGACUGAAGAAGUUGUACGUAGAUAUAGUGAGGACCAUGCUGAUGACCGCUCUGGAUGAGGAAAAGACAUACAAAGCGCUAUCUACGCCUGGCGUAGACAUGCUGUGCUACGGCGUAGACACCGCUACCGAGUACCUAGAACUGCCUCCAGAAGAUGCCAUCAAACAAGAGCUGGUGGAAGCUCUGUGUAACGCUACGCUCGCCAUCGAGAACGGACUGCAAGCUGACUCUGAGGUCUCCAAAGCUAUAGCGAUCAUAAGGAACUCACCCCACGCGGCCCUGAACCUCAACUGGAACGACCUGAUCACCAACAUAAAGAACUUGUACGUGAAGCUGGACAGGGACUACACGUACCUGUUCCAGUUCUCCAGCUAUAACAUGGACGAAGACACCAAGAGACGAGUGGACUCCCUGUUCAGCGAGGCCAAGGAAUACUGGUUUGGUACGCAGAGUAUGGAGAGGAGUUUACGAUUGAGCGUGAAACUAGCUCUCCGUUUCUUGGAUAUCGUGGACCACGGCCUGUUCGACAUCAGCUCAGAGAUCUGGCUGAAGAUGAAGCACACGAUCGAAACUGUCGCCGGACCCUUCAGCGUGUUCGAUGAGACUGUCAAACUGGUUGCAGCCCUCCUGACGGGCGGGCCGUACUCCGGCGACCUGCCCCCGUCCACGGUGUCGGCCCUCACCGCCGUCAUCCCCAACGUGCCGCAGCUCACUGUCGACGCCGUCGAUAUUAUACUCCGUGAUGAUACUGACGUGGAUCCAAUAAUAGCCCUCCUAAACGCGGACCCCCCCUGGCCCUGCUCCCGCACCAGCUUAUCGGAACUGCUCCAACUGUCGCCCCCCUCCAAGUCCGCCCUGGUAGGCAUGGAGAAGAUCUUCUGCCUGGACCGGGACAUCCAGGACGAGUGGGCUGAGUAUCUUGUUGCUAAGAACGCUACUAUUAAUAACAACACAUCAUGGAACAGAACUGACUACGAGCCGCACCUGUUCCUCAAGUUCUCGGUGACCUUCGACUCCGUGGUGGAAGACGUGAUCCUCACGAGGGAUGCUCUGCAGCAUGUGUUCAACGACUCCGCUGAUGGACGGCUCGGACUCAAGGAGGCCUGGACUUACGCUGUCAAUGCUCUUAAUACUACUGACAGGGAUGUUAUACUGAGGAAACUAUUCACAAAGGUCGACACAGUACUAAACGCGGUCCAGACUCCCCCAACACCUAGUGACGUCCCCCUGAGCUCGCUGUGGGAGCUGUUCUCCAAGUGCAGCCCUGGCUACAUCGACGACGACUGCCGAGCCCUCGGCAGAAAAGCAUGGAAGCACUUCUUCGAAGCCUUCUCCGUCAUCCUGGAGAAUGUAGCUGCUGAUCUCAUGACUUACUUUAAAGAGGCUAAUGAGCCGAACUCGAACCUGCUCCAGCUGGUGGGCUUCACGCGCCGCACGGGGCUGUACAUGCUGUAUGACAAGAUGCCGGAGUUCGUGGGCACGCUGCUCAACUCCUACUGGGACUACGGGUUCAUGAGCCAGGUUCGUCGCGCCUCUCAAUCCCAGUUCUGGGACUGUGAUGCCCUGAUCAAAGCCCUGCAGCCGCCCCCCGGCAGUCCCAUAGACUCCGCCCUUAUUAAGAAGGUGAAGCCCUUCAUCUGCCCUUCGCUGCUACACUGGCUGUCCUUGCCCAGAGGAGAGAACACACUACUAGAUGUCUUCUCUAAACCUCAAUACUUCUUCUUCACUAUGAAAGUAAACAACCUGACUAGCAGGUUCGAAAGCGCAUACACCAAAGCUGUGGACUUGGCCAACUAUCUAACAGAGCUAUCAAAAAAGAACCAAACUCUACUCACAGAGGAAGACAUCAAAAUGAACACCAUUGAAGGGAAACUGGAGAGAACUAUCGACGCAGUAUUAAACUAUAAGAUUAACAUAACCGACCCAUCGUAUAGACUGUUCAAUGAAAUCAACAUGAAACAGUUCUCCGCCAACAUUUACUUAACGAAAAUAGUCAAAAUCAUCAAUAAAUUACACGAAGCAGCUGAAAAAAUGGAAAUAACGGACAUAGGUCUUAGUAAUGAAAACCCAUCAACUCAAGCUGACUUAGAUGUCAUUAAAUAUUUGUACAGACGAAAACCAGCUGACGCUGUGACUAUACACUUUGAUAUAUUAACAGAUUUACUCUGGAAAAAUGAUGGAAACUACACAUUAGCUGAUGCGUUCAAUAAAAUGUGUAAUGAUUUGAAGAAUAAUAAUACUAAGACAUUCUUAGUGACUAUGGAAAAGGCGAGGAGUCAAGUCUGUGUGAAGAAAUAUGGAGAUAUAUACAGAGCAUUACAAGAUAUGGUUGUGGAUGAGUAUGCGGAUGCAAGGAAUAGUCUUGUGAACUUAGUUGAUGUUUUGAAAACUGGAGAUGAAAAUGUGACUGAUGUGUUUGAGUUCUUGGCUACUAGGAAGCAGCUAAUCUCAUCACUGCGGACCUCAACAAAGUACGCUUACGAUCUAACCCUGCCUGUAUACUUGAAGUACCUGCAAUCGAAUAUACAGGGCUAUGACGUCAUACUGACCUUCCUCUCGGGCGAGGACUGGUGGGCCCGGCUCAGGGCCCUGUACAGCGGGCCCCAAGCUGGCAAGUUCUUCGGAUACCUGGAGAACAGUUUUGAUGUAGCUGAAGAUCUGCUGAGCAACUUUGAUGGAAUACAUUUGGUCCGCCUUCUCCACGACAUCGACCUGAACCAGACGGAGUCGUUCUGCGCGCCCAACAUCACUCUGUCCGACUACCUCCCGGACCGCACCGGGCUGCUGUCCGACCUCAAGAGACAGCUCUGUCUGCCCGAUAAUAUAGAGCUUUAUAGAGAGGUGACGCCGCUAUUGUUUGCUGCACAGGGUUUCGAAUCGUCCUUAAAAAUAUCCAAAGACAUUGACUACGAAGCUUUGAAUUCGGAUAUAAAUAAGGUCGAAUCUCGGCUGGCAAACAUCAGGGAGGGACCGAAGUCUCCGCAGCCCCCGGCCUGGGUCACGCCGGAGAGGAUCCAGCAUCUGCGGCAGGUGGCGCUGCAGCUGCUGUCCAAGGAAACCAUCACUAAGAUGGCGUUUGCUGUGCUCAGUAAUGGUGUGGAUGCUGGCACGCUGUUCUUGAAUAAUAGUCAAUGCCUCCUCUGCUCCCAAUUCACGACGUGGUUCAAGCAGCUGAACCUGCAGCUGUUCAAGAAGCAGGAGUACGACAGCCUGCUGUGCCACCUCAGCAGCAUGAGCCUGCAGGACGUGCACCACACGCUGAAGAACGACUUCCACUGGGAUAUGGCCAUCAGAGAGUUAAUAUCGACGCGGAACUACACGAAGUACGAGAUGAACAAGUCUAUCAACGAGUUCCUGGGGCAGGUGAAGGUGCAUCUUCUAGAGGAUAUGAAUGCUAAGACCACGAAGCUGACAGAGUGUCUCACUAGGAAUGUGUCCAGGAAUGAGUUCGGGAAUGCUACGCUUUUCGCCUCAGUACUAGCUCACACAGCGAAAUUGAUCAGAGCACAAAUGCCUCACAUCCAUGAGAUAGACGGAGUCAAAGACAUCCAGUACCUCAAGGAGAUUUCCACAGAGGUCGCCCACAACCUGGACGUCUCCAGACCCUUGAAGGAGUACCUGCUGGAGAAGAAUGACCUGCAUCAACAGCUGAUGGGAGUCGUAGAUCACGAUGUGGUUACUGAAGUAGAGAAUGCUAUGCUAAACAUUCGUAAUGUCCGCAGUGGUUCUCAUACCGUGGAUCAGUAUGUAACUCUGCCUCUCAGUUCCUGGGACGAUAUCUGUAAAAAGACCAACUGCAGUGCUAUUGCCGCUUUUAUAAGGAGCAAUAUCAACAAUACUCUUAUUGAUAAAACGCUGCCAAAACUCCAACUAGAAGAAUUCUGGCGCUUCAACUUCGUGUCCUCAAUCAUCUACCACCUGGAGGGGCUGGUGGGUCACGGCGCGCGGCUGCUGGGGCUGGCCAGCAAGGUGGACGUGGCCGGAGUGCUGGACACCAAGCUGGAGGCGCUGGUGGACACGCUCAUGCUGCUCAUCAAUGACGAGACCCUGGACAGUGUGCUGUACAGCCUUCAAGGUAUAGUGUCAGAGUUACAUCCUCUGCUGGUGGGUACAACACUAGAGCACGACCUAGAAGCGCUGUCGUCGGGGCUGGGCGUGCUGCGGCAACUCAAGAACUACCUGCUGGAGGAGGUCGACCUCAAGAUGGAAGUGUCGCAAGUAUUCCCGGACGCCGAGGACAUGGAGUCAGGUCUGAGCGCGCUGGGCAUCAACAACACCAACUUCUGGUCCAUCGCCGCGCCCCGGAUACACGCCGGGACCAUGCAGCUCAAGCCGUUGCUAUCGUCCAAGCCAGAAGAGAGCCACAUAUCUGCCUUCGUGUGCCAGAGCAGUAGCAUGUCGCGCGUGCUGUCUCCCUCUAACCUGGACGUGGUGGUGGCCGAGGACGUGUUCGCGGCGGUGGCCGAGCAGUUCUGCGGCCUGCCUGACAGCACCGCCAGGCAGAUGCUGCCGGUUCUAUUCCGGAACUUUAACUUUACUAUGGUUGUUGAUAAGGUUGGCAGCAUCCUGCUCACCAAGUUAUACACAGCGUCCAACCUAACCGAAUCCGAGGGCUCGCUAGUGCUAUCAAAGUACCAGCAGAUGGCGGCUCUGCUGCCCGCCAUCCAGGAGAACAUGGGAGGGGUGGGGGAGCUGCUCGCCAACGAGACGCUGUUCCAGAGCCUCAGGGGAUUCUCCUCCGUAGGGAACCUGCUGUCAUCGCCAGACUUCCUGUCGAGUGCAGGCAACAUGUUGUGCGGCAAGCCCUUCGUGAUGAGCACGAACCGCUUCUACAAGAGCAUCGCCGCCACGCCCGACCUCUCCACUGAGCCUGACAAGGCGCAACUAGAAGUCCUGCCCACUGAGUUUUGCCGCUCGCUAUACGUGGACAUCAUCAACGUGGAAGGUGGCAAGAUCCUGUGGAGCUUCGUGAAGCCGCUCAUCAUGGGCAAGAUCCUGUACACGCCGCCCAGCGCCAGCGUCACCAGGAUCAUAGAACAGGCCAACUCAACAUUCGCAACAAUGAUAAAAAUGACAAACUUGGUCCACUCGUUCGCGGCUUCAUUCCCAGCGCUGGGCAAGCUGUCUGACCAUCGCGAAGGUAUAGCAGUACUCCGGCGGGUGAUGACGGAGCCGCAGUUCAGCUCCAUCAGGGCCAUGAUUAUUGGGGAGGGGGAGGAGGGGGCAACGGUACCGGAUGUGGAUGUUGAUGGAUUGUUUGACCAGUUUGGUGAUAUUAACGAUAUAGGCAGCUUACUGUCAAAGGCAUCAGACCUACUGCACUGCAUCAACCUGGACCGGUUUCAACCGUCACCCAGCGAGGACCACCUCAUCCACGAGGCGGCUAGACUCAGCGUCGUUAAUGAAUUCUCUGCUGGCGUGGUAUUCCUGAACAGUGGGGAGCAGGAUGGGUCUCUGUCUAACGUGGAGUACAAGAUCCGCAUGGACAUCGACAACGCGCCCACCACCGAGAAACUCAAGGACUACCUCUGGAUCCCAGGGCCGGAAGCCAGCUUCGUGGAGAACAUGCGCUACUUCCGCGGCUUCGUGCAGAUCCAGGACCUGGUGGACCAGGCCAUUAUCCGGCUGUCCAGCAGAGCUCGCGUCAAGAGAGACCUGCAGGAGGUGGACUGGGCGGUGUACACGCAGCAGACUCCGUACCCCUGCUAUAGGAAGGACUAUUUCCAGACGUCGCUAUACGAGUCCCAGUCCCUGAUCGUGUGCUUCUUCUUCUCGCUGCUGUUCACCGUGGCAUCCGCCGUCAGGUUCAUCGUGUCCGACAAGGAAACUGGAAACACCAUGUUGAUGUCAGUGAUGGGCGUGGACCUGCGCUGGCACAGCCUGUCGUGGUUCGUGUGGUGCGCGCUGGAGAUGGUGGUGACGAGCGUCGCCAUCACGCUGGUGCUGAACCUCGGCCACAUCCUGCCCACCACGGACCCCACGCUGGUGUUCACGCUGAUACUCAUAUUUGGUAUCUCCGUACUUAGUUAUUGCUACAUGAUGUCGAAGCUGUUCACCUCAGCCAGCCUGGCGGCGGUGUGCGCGGCCGUGGUCUACCUCAUCAGCUUCAUGCCCUUCAUCAUCGUGCUGUCGCUGGAGGCUGUGCUCUACAGCUCACUCAAGACUUUCAUCUGCCUCUCCAUGUCGUCAUCCCUGUGCUACGCGUUCCUGUACAUCACGCGCUUCGAGGCCCACGGGUCGGGCGCGGGCUGGGCCCAGCUGUGGGCCGCGCCGGGCGACAGCGAGGAUAUGAGCAUCGGACUGGCUGCCGUCAUGAUGCUGGUGGAUGCCGGGAUCUACUUCAUCAUCGGACUUAUUAUUGAUCGAUAUUUCGGCAUCAAGACCUUGAAGAGCAACAUCACGUACUGCUCGACGACCGGCGAAAAGGCCGGCGUCAGCAUCGUCAACGUGUCCAAGAUAUACGGCGAGCACUCGCGCAAGCCCAAGCUGGCGCUCGACAACGUGUCCAUAGAGCUGCACAAGGGACAGAUCACCACACUACUGGGACACAAUGGGGCUGGCAAGACCACGCUCAUCAACAUCCUGACGGGCAUGCUGCGGCCGUCCCGCGGGCACGUGUGCGUGCGCAGCACACGCGCGCGCGCGCGGCUGGGCGCGUGCCCGCAGCACGACGUGCUGCUGGCGCACGUCACGCCGCGCGAGCACGUCGCGCUCUACGCGCAGCUCAAGAGCGGCAGGAGCGCCCGCCACGUGCGCCCAGAGGUCGACAAGAUGCUAGAGGUAUUAUCCCUGGGCCCGGUGAGUGAUGUCCCGGUGACCCGGCUGUCGGGGGGCACGCGGCGGCGCCUGUGCGUGGCGCUGGCCUUCGUGGGGGACCCGCACCUCGUGUCGCUGGACGAGCCCACCGCUGGGGUUGACCCUGCUGCCAGGAGGGACAUCUGGUCCAUGAUAGUGAAGUUGAAGGAAGACAGGACCAUCCUGCUGACGACACAUCAUCUCGACGAGGCCGAACUGCUCAGCGACCAGAUUGUCAUCAUGCAUAAGGGUCAAGUCCACACAACAGGCUCCCCAAUUGAGAUCAAGCGCACUCUGGGUAACGGGUACAAGCUGACCGUGUCGUACCCCGGACCCAGCGGCGACGAGACCUGGGAGGAGACCAGCCAGGAGGAGCAGACCAAGCAGCUGCUGACCCUCGUGAGGGACGUCGUGAAGAAUGCUAACGUAGUGGACGUCAAUGGGCAGGAGGUCGAGAUUGAUCUGCCGUUCUUUGAUGCUAAUGGACUUAAUAAUAACUUCCUCCAGCUGUGCACAGUCCUGGAGGCCACACAGUCAGCCCUCGGCUUCAAGUCCUACGCCAUGGACUGCAGCAGCCUGGAACAGGUGUUCUUCAACAUCUGCCAGCAAGCUGACGCUCCUCAGAAUGGAAUCGAAUAUGUCCCAGAAGGUCCACCAUCGAAGAGUGGCUCCAGCUCCAGCAUCAGGACAGACCGGGCGCCGCAGCCGCUGCUCCCCGCGGACGGGCCGCUGAAGGGCACCGCCUGGCAACAGUUCCUGGCGCUCAUGCAUGCCAGAUACAUACAUCACAGGAGGAACCACUGGCUGCUGUUCAUGCUGAUCGUGCUGCCGUCGCUGUUCGUGGUGGUGGCGAUGGGGUUCUCGAUGCUGCGGCCGCCCGCGGACAACGAGGUGGCGCUCAAGCUCAACGACCAUCUGUAUAACGGAAGCACCGAGUUCUUAGUAUCUGCACCCUCAAUAUACUCCGAAGACGUGGACCCCUCGUUAGCGCAGCGCGUCCUGCAUUACCUGCAGAUGGACAAACACGGGAGGAACUGGACCGCUCAGGACUCCCCCCACUGCGAGUGCGGGGAGCGGAGUCAGCAGUGUGACGUCACAGCCAACCAGACGCAGUCACUGCCGGAGCUGCUGCUCCUGCCCGAUGUCAACACCCUCAACCACUGGCUCGUCGAUACACAUGAUAUUUAUAUAGAAAAGAGAUACGGCGGCUACUCCGCAGCCCUCAAGAACAACCUGACAGGCCUGAUAGCGUGGUACAACAACAAGGGCCACCACGCGCUGCCCGCGUACCUGAACGCGGUGAACUCGGCGCUACUGCGGGCGCACACACACACACCCGCCGCCAACAUCACCACCUACACACACCCACUCAAGAUCUCCAAAGAACAGAUCAGUAAGGCUACCGUCUACCAGCACAUAGCGGACGCGGGCAUCUCGGGGCUGGUGCUGAUCGCGUACAGCCUGGUGAGCGCGGGCGCGGCCUCGCACCUGGUGGCGGCGCGCCGCAGCCAGGAGAAGCGGCUGCAGCUGCUGUGCGGCGUCAGCCCGCUGCUGUACUGGGCCGCCGCGCUCGUCUGGGACAUGAUGAUAAUAGUGAUAAACAUGUGCAUCACUGCGGCCGUGAUGUCUGCGUUCGGUUUCCCCGUGUUCGUCGCGCGGAACAACCUGCCCGCCAUAUGUAUACUCUUCGUGCUGUACGGUUACGCGUGUGGCUGCUUCGUGCACGUGGCGGAGAAGCUGUUCUCGGAGCCCAGCAUCGCCACCAUGGUGCUGUUCUGCGGGAACGCCUUCGUCGGCCUCUCCUUCAUCGCUAUACUCCUCAUCUUCGACAUCAUCUCCGAGUCUGAGGCCACGGACAACGCCCGCUACGUGUUGCACAAGAUCUUCAUGCUGGCGCCGCAGUUCGCGCUCGGCGACGGCAUGCUGGAAAUCGCCAAGAACACCAUACAAGCACAGGUGCUGAGCAGGUUCGGCAUGGACACGUACCGCGACCCGCUGCACACCAGCCUGGUCCUGCCGCACUACCUGUACCUGCUGGUGGUCGGGACCGCCCUCAUGGCCCUCAACCUUGCCAUCGAGUACGACUGCUUCGAAGUCUUGCUGGCCAGGUUCCGUCCUCACAGCAGCCUGCCGGCCGCUGAGGCGGAGCCGGGCGAGGUCCGCGCGGAGCGGGCGCGGGUGCGGGCCGCGCGGACACAGCUCGACCCCGCGCCGCUCAGGGUCAACACCAUCGGGAACAUCAACAGAGGCUUCAUCCACACGGAGGGCAAGAAGGGCUCUAUCCAGCGCAUCGUGUACCCCGCUAGUGACGUAGCGCAGUGCGAGGGUCUCAGCAAGGUGUACCCCUCACUCACGGGGCCCCGGGUGGCGCUCAGGAAUCUCACUCUGGGGAUACCUUCAGGACAGUGCACUGCGUUAUUGGGUCAGAACGGCGCGGGCAAGUCCACGACGUUUUCGAUGCUGACGGGCGAGCUGCGGCCCACUGCUGGGCGUAUCUACCUCAACAACGAGCUGGUCACCGCCACGCAGCUCUGCAACGGACUCAUCAGCUACUGUCCGCAGUCGGACGCUAUAGACCCGCUCAUGACAGUCACAGAGACCUUACAGUUCUACUGCCGACUACGAGGCAUCACAGAUCAGGAAGAGGUGAUAAGCCGCACAGUGGAGAUGUUCUCCCUGUCCCGCUACGAGGGGGCGCUGGCGGGCACGCUCAGCGGCGGCAACAAGCGCAAGCUCUGCACUGCCAUCGCGUUCAUGGCGCGCACGCCGCUCGUACUGCUGGACGAGCCGACCAGCGGCAUGGACCCAGUGUCCCGCGGCUGCGUGUCCCGCGGCGUGUUGUCCGCGCGCGCGGGCGGGCGCGGCGUGCUGCUGUCCACGCACGCGCUGGCGGACGCGCGCAGACUGGCGCGCAGGGUCGCGCUGCUGCGGGGGGGCGCGCUGGUCGCUCUGGCGCCGCUAGACGAGUGCCUUAACAGGUCAGUGACCAUGGAGACUAUACGCAAAUGUACUGGCAUAGGUAGUUUACAAUAUUAUAUUUCCGUGACUUGAAUUUGCAGCUAUCUUACUUGUUACUGAGAUCAUUGUUCAAGAUUUUGAGUUUGUUCAUUGUUUCGUGACACAGCUUAAGGACAAAAAAUAAGA